AUGGUUAUGGAUCUGUACUAUAACAUUCUGUCGCCGCCAUCGCGUGCCACGCUGCUGCUCGGUGAAGCACUGCAGCUCAAGUUCAAUCUCAUCAGCCUCGAUGUGCAUCGGAAGGAUUACGUGAACGCGGAGUUUAAGAAGAUCAACCCACAGCACACGGUUCCUACGCUGGUGGUCGACGGUGUGGCCAUCUGUGAACCGGGUGCCAUCUUGAUCUAUCUGGCGGAGCGAUUCGCCGCAGCCUCGAGUGGUCUUUAUCCAAUCGCCGAUCCGUUGCGCAGAGCCAUUGUUAAUCAGCGGCUCCUGUUCGAAUGUGGUACGUUGUAUAAGUGCAUCUUCGUCUACUACACGCCGGUCGUGCUGGAGCGUGCUUGUCCGGUGGAAGCUGAUCGUCAGAAGCUAGAGGAAGCCGUGGGGGUUUUGGAUGGGUUUUUACGGGACAGUGCAUUUGUGGCUGGAGAUGUUCUAACGAUCGCUGACUAUUCGCUCGUCUGUACGGUAUCGAUGCUGGUGGUGUUAAAGUUUGAUCUCGUGCCGUACGAACAGCUGCGGCGCUGGUACGAACGAUGCAAAGGUGUGAUCAGUGGGUACAACGAGCUGACUCAGCGUGCUAUCUCCAUGUUUCAGACCUGGAUGGAAGAGGAAUCCACUAACCGAUAG